UGAAUCGGCCCAAGGACAGAGACGAGCGACACCUCAGCGCAUCUCAGUAGAUGAUUUAUCUGUAGCCUGUUUAGAUAGCGAUCCUACUUUCAGUCACUUUGACAGUAAAAAAAAAAAAAAGCUUCCUAUAAUACGCGUGACAAGCCUGAAAUGUUACAAUUUAGGUUUACGGUGGCCUCGAGGAAGUUGUGCAGACCCGAUAUAAAGCGUCCCUUGUCAGAUAUUGCUGGAGAUAAAACGACCCGACCUGCUCCUCGCAAAAUCAGCACCGCCCGUACCGACCAUGUCAGAGGCGUCGGAGGAUGCGGUCCGCCUUGGAGCGAUGCGCUGCGCCGACGUUACCUGUGCACCAAGGCGGACGGCAAAGAAACCGCCGCAGAGAAGAGAAGGAAGGCAGGCAUCUUGCCUAGCCUGGAAGACCUGCUCUUUUACACCAUUGCAGAGGGUCAAGAAAAAAUCCCCUCCCACAAGUUUACCACGGCGUUGAAAGCUACCGGCCUGCGUACAGGAGACCCGCGUCUGAAGGAGUGUAUGGAGAUGCUGAAAGUGACACUAAAGACUACGUCUGAUGGAGCCUUGGACCGACACCUUUUUAAAAAGUGUGUCCAGACCAACAUCGUGCUGCUCACUCAGGCAUUCCGCAGGAAGUUCGUGAUUCCCGAUUUCCAGUCCUUCACGUCGCACAUUGACGAGCUGUACGAGAAUGCCAGGAAGCUGUCCGGAGGGCAGGUGGCGGACUACAUCCCCCAGCUGGCGAAGUUCAGCCCUGACCUCUGGGCGGUGUCUCUCUGCACGGUGGACGGGCAGCGACACACGGUGGGUGACACUAAAGUGCCCUUCUGUCUGCAGUCGUGCGUGAAGCCAUUAAAAUACGCCAUCGCCGUGCACGACCACGGCACGGAGUACGUGCACCGCUUCAUCGGCAAAGAGCCCAGCGGUCUGCGCUUCAACAAGCUCUUCCUCAACGAGGACGAUAAACCACACAAUCCCAUGGUAAACGCUGGCGCGAUAGUAUGCACGUCGCUUAUCAAGCAAGGUGCUAGCAACGCAGAGAAGUUUGACUACGUGAUGAACUUCAUGAAGAAGCUUGCGGAUGAGUACGUGGGCUUCAGCAAUGCUACAUUUCAGUCGGAGAGAUUGUCUGGGGACAGGAAUUUUGCCAUCGGCUACUAUCUGAAGGAGAAGAAGUGUUUCCCAGAGGGCACUGAUAUGACCUCUAUCCUGGACUUCUACUUCCAGCUGUGCUCCAUUGAGGUGACCUGCGAGAGUGCCAGCGUCAUGGCAGCCACGCUGGCCAAUGGUGGCUUUUGUCCAAUCACAGGCGAGCGCGUGCUCAAUCCCGAGGCCGUGCGCAACACGCUGAGUCUCAUGCACUCCUGCGGCAUGUACGACUUCUCUGGCCAGUUCGCCUUCCCUGUGGGCCUGCCGGCUAAAUCAGGCGUGGCUGGGGGCAUCCUGCUCGUGGUGCCCAACGUGAUGGGCAUCAUGUGCUGGUCUCCUCCACUGGACAAACUAGGCAACAGUGUCCGCGGCAUCCAGUUCUGCACGGAUCUGGUGCAGCUCUGUAACUUUCAUAACUACGAUAAUCUGCGCCACUUCGCCAAGAAGCUGGAUCCUCGCAGAGAGGGCGGAGAUGAGAGGGUCAAGUCCGUCAUCAACCUGCUGUUUGCUGCUUACACCGGGGAUGUGUCUGCGUUGAGGAGGUUCGCUUUGUCCUCUAUGGAUAUGGAACAGAGAGACUACGACUCCAGGACAGCCCUCCAUGUCGCCGCAGCAGAAGGUCACGCCGAGGUCGUGCGCUUCCUUCUGGAGGCAUGCAAGGUGAACCCUGACCCUAGAGACAGGUGGGGCAACACCCCGAUGGACGAGGCCGUGCACUUUGGCCACCAUGACGUGGUGACCCUCCUGCAGGACUACCACAGCAAGUACAGCCCCCAGGAGAGCACAGUGGCCGGCGACAAGGAGACGGCCGAGAAGAACCUGGACGGCAUGCUGUGAAGCCCCACCCCGUCCAUUAGGCUGCAAACACACACACAUUCCUGAAACCCUCCCUAGCAGGAAGUGUAUGUACGUGGGUGUUGAUGUAUCUGUGCAGCAGUGUGUGUUUAUAACAGACAAAUUAGCUUAAAAAGAGAAUGAGAGUUUAGUUUGGGAUCCUUUGAAUCUCAUUAGAACUUGUUGUGUUGGGUGUGUGUUUUUGUUUUGUGGACACAUGGAUUGGGGGGGCGAGGGGGCUACACAGUUACUGGGUGGAAUCACGCAGUGUCUGCUCAUGGUAGGCUGGGUACCAUGGUCUGGUAACUAGAAGGUUCACACUGUAUAAAUCUAUUUUCAGUAUAUACUAUAAAAUCUACAUUGUAUUGUUAAAACUUCGUAUAUUAGUUUCAUAGCUCUUUAAUGAUGUCACUGAAGUAACUAAAGAUGGAGGCCUCCUUCAAAGUCUCCUGUGAAUGGGAAGCUUUUGCAAAGUAGAUACUUCCCAACAAAAAUAUCUAUCUAUCUAUCUAUCUAUUUAUUUAUUUAUUUAAAAACAGAAUUUUAAGUUGAAGCAGCUUUUAUCUUGUUGACAAUUUUGAGGAAAAGUGUUGUUCAGUUCGCCUUGUCAGUAGUCGGUCUUGCAGUUCAUAAUUUAUUCCACAGGGGAGUUGACCAUGUGUGGACAUACUGCCCUUCUUUUAAGGGGGUGUGUGCUGUUGGGGAGGAGACCCCUGUAGAUGGGGUUGUUUUAAGGAGAUGCACUGAACCCAACAAGAGAGGCUUCAGGGACCGGUGAUGUCUGUGCUAAUCUCUAUGCACAAAGACGCAAUGCAAAACUCCAGAUUAAUUUUCUCCAUCACUCAGAAGAAACUAUUAGGCAGCCGCAGAACCCUUUUUUGGCAUGAGGCAUGAAUUCUGGCAAGAAUAGAAAACGAUCUGAUUGAGAGCAAUUAUUUAUUUAUUGUUAUGUGAAACAACACAUUAAUUUUAUUUUUUCCCCCCCAUUCAUUUUGAACUCAAUGCCUAAAUAAUGUGAAGUAAAAGAUUUUUUUUCUUUAGAAAAGGCAACAAUCAUGAACAGCAAGAAUUUGCUUGUUUUAUUCCUCCCCCUAUUACAUUCAUCUUGGCAUCUUUAACUUCAAGAAACAUUAAAUUUGGUUCAUUCAGUUUUACAAAUACAAAUCUGUGACCGUGGCCCAGCGUGGCCUGCGGUGCAUCAACCAUGCAGAGCUGACAGGAUGCAUGCAGCUGCCUGGUUCCUGAUAUUGGCCAGUGACAGACUCUCUGCUGCAUCCACAGUACUGCUUAAAUGCAUUAGAAAUGGGAUUUUUUGUUGUUUGAUAUUUAUUGAAAUCUUUGUAUUAAUAACCAUAAUUGGCUAAUAAUAAUGAAGGCUUUCACCUUGCCCUGUUCCCUGUCUUUUUCAAAUGAAAAUGUAAAAAGAAAAA